UGGAGUUCGGGCUCAAAUGACUCCCGCGUUGCUGCCACUUGUGUGCGGGACUAUCAUCCUCGCGCUGGUGUUGGCUCCUACUGUGCGCUGGCUACGUGUGUGGAUUGCAAUGAGGCACUUACCAGGACCGUCGAGGGUAGUGCCGUUCUGGUACCUCUUGAGGGUGACCUGGUCCAAAAGACACACCAGCUGGAGUGAUGUAACCACAGAAUUCUUCUCCGCACUUCGAGAGCUGUCCUCGCGCUACACAUCUCAAAAUUACAUGGUCUACAUGGGACUGGCGCCCGUUGUAAUCCUACAAACUCCGGAAGCUGCGGAGGCACUGCUCGCGAACAAGACGAAUAACCGGAAACCAUUUCUCUACAAAUUUCUUGAGGUGGCCUUGGGGCCUCGCAAUAUGCUGACAUCAUGUGGCGACAUCUGGCAGAGAAAGAGGAGACUAAUGGCGCCAUCGUUCCACGCCAAAUGCGCUGAACAGUUCUUGGUUCCUUUCAACGAGGAGGCCGACUGUCUACUGGAAAGGAUCACAAAAGAGGUCACAGGGGACAAGUGCCUUUUACCAAUGACGAGGCACAUCCGACACAGCUCGAUCCAGAGCAUAUUCGCUGCAGGAAUGGGAACGAGGAUCAAGAGUAGCAAAGUACGAGUGGUGUCAUCAAGCGCGCAUUUGAUAGAACUCAGCUUGGUGGGUCGUGCUUUUCGCCCGUGGACAUGGUACCAGUCUAUCUACGACUUGACUGCUGAAGGAAAGUGGUUCCGAGAAAGGGCAAGAGAACUGCAUGAAAUCGUUGCCGAGGUGGUUGACGAACGGAGAGCUCUGGAUGUUGAAGAAUCCCCGCCUGACAUCCUGACAGCAGGGAGAGAAGGAAUAAGAUCGGAACACGGUUACCGUACUUGCCUGGAUGUCAUCCUAGAGAAGACGAGGAACGAUGAUUGUAGCAGUGAAGAGAUACUCCAUGACAUGAAUCUAAUGAUAGGUGCCGCAUACGAAACGACGACAACAGCUGCUGUGCUUUGCUUGUAUCUCGUAUCGCUAGAUCCAGAAGUACAGCGAAAGAUACAGGACGAACAGGACGCGAUAUUUGCCGGCGACAUUGACCGGGAUGUUACUAUGGCGGACAUCGAAGAAAUGACAUACCUCAGUUGCUGUUUAAAGGAAACACUGCGCUUGUUCCCGUCGCUACCAUUCAUCGCAAGGGUCCUGGAUCACGAUUUAACCAUAGAAGGACAUGUUAUUCCCAAGGGCGUAAUAUGCGCAGUUAACAUCUUUCAGCUCCAUCGAGACAGCACCACGUUUCACGACCCCGAGGAAUUUAUUCCAGAUCGUUUCAUGAACUGUAACGAAAAACAGUGGCAUCCUUACGCUUACAUUCCAUUUUCUAGUGGUCCACGAAAAUGCAUAGGUCAAAGCUUUUCCUACGUAGAAAUCAAGGUUUUUCUGUCAAAGCUAUUCAGGCGUUUUACUUUCGUGGCGCAAAAACCUUUAGAAGAAAUAAAGUUCAAGUUUGAAGUGGUCCUGAAAGUCAAAGAUGGAAUCCAUGUAUGGGCCUCAAGGAGGAAUAGGAGAAGUCAAUGCGUCACUUCCCCGCCCUUGUGGGUCGACGACCUUGAAAAAGUCCAAAAGAGCUCUUUGGAUGAGCUUCCGACGAUGGAGGUCGCCACGGGGAUACACAAUCUCCUCGAGUUCAGGCGUGCAGUGUGGGCAUCCAGGGCUAGGGGUACGGCCGAGCUUGAAGACGUGGGUGCGUGUGUAGGCACUUUCGAGAACAGAUGCGGAGGGAAGGAGGGAAGCCUGGGCCCUGGAGAGGCCACCCGCGUAGCACAGAGUGGUGGUGCAGAUCCGUCUCUCGUGCGCUUAAAUGGUGAAAAGUAUCUGUCUUUCUGCAUAACGGCGAUGGCGAUGCUGGAAACGGUUGCUGCCCGCAUCGGUUCGGGAUUGCGAGGAGCAGAGCUUCAGCCUCUGUCCCAUUUCACGUGGGUACUCGUUUUCCUCCUUCUUCUGUACCCAGUAUCGCAAUGGCUUCGUGUGUUGAUUUGCUUGCGACACUUUCCCGGCCCUUCGAGGAUUGUGCCUUUCUGGUAUACGCUGUCGGCUUACUGGUCUAAGCGCAAGACGGAAGUGCGUGGCAUGACGACGGCAUUGUUCGACGUCGUGAGAGACUUGUCCUCAAGGUACAAGGACCGAAAUUACUGUGGAUACCUUGGCUUUGUUCCCAUUGUAGUACUUCAAACUCCGGAAGCCGCAGAGUCACUGCUUGGAAACAAAACGAAUAACAGAAAGCCCUUUCCCUAUAACUUCCUGAAGCCUUGGAUGGGAUCCCGCAACACCUUGACUUCGUCCGGCGAAGUGUGGCAAAAGAAGCGGAAGCUCAUAGCAACAUCCUUCAACGCUCAACACUCCCAGCCAUUUCUGGCAGCGUUUAAUCGUGAAGCGAAUUCCCUACUCGAGAAGGUGGUCACUGAAGUCAGCGCCAAUUCGCUGAUUUCCAUCAACAAAUGCAUCAAGUUCAGCCCACUCAAAUGCACGCUCUCUGCAGGAAUGGGCGUCACACUCGAAGAGGACAAAGUGCAUCUACUUUCCGCAUGCAUGCACUUGAUGGAAUUUAGCCUCAUGGUUCGUUUUUUUCGACCUUGGACGUGGUAUCAGAGUAUCUAUGACGUCACAAGAGAGGGAAAGUGGUUUGGAGAAAUGGCACGCACGGCUCAGGGCAUAUGCAACGAAGUUCAAGAAGAGCGCAAGAAAAUACAAUCGGAAUCAGAGAAGUUUCAGGGAGAUUCACCUAAAUACAUACACAGAACUUAUUUGGACGUGCUUUUGGAAAAACACAAUGCUGACGCGAGCUAUUCAACAAAUGAGAUCACAGGUGACAUGAUCUUCAUGUUUACAGCAGGAAAUGAGACGACGGUGGCCAGUCUCAUGGUGUGCUUGUACCUGGUGUCUCUGCACCCGGAUGUGCAAAGAAAAAUACAAGAAGAACAGGACGCAAUAUUUGCCACAGAUGUUGACAGAGACGUCACCAUUGAGGAUAUUCAGAAGAUGACCUACCUCACUUGUGCCCUGAAGGAGUCCAUGCGUCUUCUGCCGCCAGUUCCCUGCAUUGCGAGAACCCUGGACCAAGACCUAACAAUAGACGGGCACGUCGUCCCGAAAGGUGUCACGUGUGUCGUUGAUAUCUUCGGUCUCCAUCACAACGCCACUUCCUUCCACGAUCCCGAAAAGUUCAUCCCCGAACGUUUCAUGGAUGAGAACGACAAAAGGUGGCACCCAUUCUCUUAUAUUCCUUUUUCAGGCGGACCUAGGAAGUGCCUCGGUCCCACGUUUUCCUAUAUGGAGAUGAAGGUACUGCUGUCGAAACUCUUCAGGCAUUUUAACUUCAAGGCGGAGAAACCACUGGACCAAAUAAAAUUUGCUCUGGAAUUAGUAAUUAAAGUCAAAGGUGGAAUCUACGUGUGGGCCUCAAGAAGAAAGCCGGUAGAGACAUACUGUCCCAAUCCUAGUGCCGCUGUGCAAAAGGCGGGAUGAGUCAGCAGAAUCAGUGCAGCAAUGACGAACUGUUCAUAUCAGCACGCUGAAGAACGUGAAAUGCGUCUAGAUUGCCAACAAUGUUUCUGCCAUGUUUUCGUUUGUUUGUUUGUUCGUUUUAGUUGUUUUUGCCACGUAUUACUGCGCAU